GUUUAAGGCCAAAGCUUUCCCUCAAAUUCUAUUGCAUUUGGGUGCUCCUCUCUCUUCUUCCUCAGCUGGUCUUCGCUGCUUCUACACGAGAGAGUAUUUGUUUGCAAUUAACAAUGGCAAGCACUUCAUCCAACACCCUUGAGGUCAAUGUUAGCAGCAUCAACUUUAAGACCUUAGUGAUUGACAAUGGUAGCGAACCGAUCCCUCAAUAUCCUUUCAAUGUUUUCUGUCCCAAGUCCCUCAUGUUUGUGCUCCCUGAAGAUCCCAAGGACUUGCUAGAAGUCUUGAUGAAGGUCAAUUCAACCCAAGGCAUGUUUACGAGUCUCAUCAAAAUGUAUGAUGCUUUGUUAACCGAUGGCCUCAAGCAUCAGACCAGGGAGAUUGAUGCUCAAAUCGACAAAGAUGUGGUGUCUGAGGUGGUUGUCUACACAGGCAUCAUUGAGGAGUAUGCAGACGCCGGUAAGACCAAGGAGGCGCUGACGGUGUUCAAGCGCAUGUUACUCUUUGAUGUCACCCCCAAUGCUUACACUUACAGUGUGCUCAUUAAGGCACUUGCUUCAGAUCCAGACCCCAGUUCUGUCGGGCUUGCCAAGGAUUUCGUGCUGGAAAUGAUGCACAAGGGAAUGCAGCCCAAUGCCAGGACAUACACUGCCGUGUUUGAGGCAUUUGCUGGGCAUGAGAAGAUGGAGCAGGCCAAUGCCAGGACAUACAGCCGUGUUUGAGGCAUUUGCUGGGCAUGAGAAGAUGGAGCAGGCCAAGCAGUUUCUGGAUGAGAUAAAAGCUAAUGGCUUUGUGGCUGACAGGAAGGCAAUGAAGGCUAUGAGACAUGUUCUAAAGGGCAGUAUAGGCCAUGUGGUUAGAACCAUAGCCGACAUUCUCUUUGAUGAUCCAGAAGACUAUUCAGACUACUCAGAUGAUGAUGAUGAUGUUAUAAAGAAGAUUAGCAAAGAGAUGGACUGGUCGAGGUUCCCUCCUGAUAGCUAUUUAUCUUUCUGCAAGAAACAAAUCAUUGAGAAUGACCCAGAAAACCCCAAAGAUUUGGAAGAUGUCUUUGACACAAUGCGCAAGGCGGACCCUGUCACCUUCACUAUGGCCAGAAUGAUCAACAUGCUGAGGAAAGACCGAUUUAUGUCCCAGGCCGAAGAGAUAUUUGUCAAGAUGGACUUGGAUCGCAUUAUACCUGAAGUUGUGACACACACUGGUGUCAUUGAGAUCUAUGCCAAGGCAUACGAGGCCAAGGAGGCUCUCAAGGUGUUUGUGCGCAUGUUAUCCCUUGGUGUCACCCCCAAUGCAUACACUUACAGUGUUCUCAUUAAGGGACUCGCUAAAGAUCCCAACUUUCUUGGUGAUGCCAAGAAGUACACUCUGGAAAUGAUGGAUAAGGGAAUGCAGCCCAAUGCCAGGACCUACAUCGCUGUGUUUAAGGCCUUUGCCAGGCUAAAGGAUUUCAAUGUGGAGAAGGGCAAGGAGUUUCUGAAGGAGAUGAAAGCGAAGGGGUUUGUUCCUAAAAAGAAGGCUGUGAUGGAGGUUUUGAAGGGAAAAAAAAGGACAUGUGGUUAAAACGGUAAUCAACAUUCUCUUUGGCAAGUAGAUCUAUUGCCCAAUAUUGGAUUAGUGCUAACAGUUAAAAGCCCGAAUUCUGAAAUCAAAUUGUAAUGUUUAUGUUUCUGAUGUCCUAACUUCUGUUGUGUGGGAAUGAAUUAGGAUUGUGAUCAUGUUAGAUACACUAUCAACUGGAUUAGGAAAUGUUUGUGAUCGAUGAAACUUUUGUUGUUCUGUGGAUAUGUAUCUCAUGUCCUAGCUGCUUUUAUCUCAUUCCUUUUGUGUUGA